CAAUCUGCUGCUUUAGGAAACGGGAGAUAGAAGAUGGUCGGGGCUUUCUGGGGACAGACUGUCGAGAUUUAUGGGGGAUAACCAUAACGUAGAGCCAAACCGAAAGCUGUUCACGAAGUUUCUCUUCUGAAAUAAGCGAAAUUCAAAGGUUCAAAUGUAACUCUAGCUGUUUGGUUAACGUUAACAUUAACAUUAGGGUCUGUAUGGGCCGUUAGCAAACCGCCUAGCAACCGGGACACGACCGCUGUUAUUGAAACACGGGAGAUUUUUAUGAGCAUAUUUUUCUACUUUUUUCGCCAGAAUUCGUGUGGGAUGCUCGUUUUUCCCUUAUCCAUGUGAAAGCCAGCAUUUUCCCACGUUCGCCGAGGUGACAGCAGCUAUCCGGUGCUGCUAACUUGCUAGCCUAGCCAGCUGUGCAUGUUCCAGAGGGAGACAUGGCUGUUAGCUAACGUUAAACGACUGAAUGGGUUUCAGUGUUGGCUUCUUUUAUUUUUCUUUUUUUUAAAGAGUGAGCGGUUCUGUGGCAAAAUGCUUCAUUUUAGGCAGCUCAGCCUGUGAGAUGGGAUCCUCGUUGUUCUCAGCGGUGUUCCUGUCAAACUUGAACUCGUUUUGAUGGACAGACAUGUAACCUAACCUUUACCACACCAGCAUGCUGUUCAUACAUACUGUGAGCUGAUGGAAGAAAUGGGCUUCAAGAACUAAGACUGUAUUCUUCACAAGGCCAGUGGUCAGUAGACAUUUCUCAAGGUGUUAUGAACUUAGAAGGUUAAUGCAAGCUGCCAUUCCAGUGCUGCGGCAAAAGCUGGGCUUUGCAAAGUGUCUGAAGCUUUCUGGUCAACCAUGAAUGGUGGUGACUUUGUUCACCAAACCAUGAAGUCCCUCUUGAAGCUCACAGAGGAGGAGGAGGAGCGGAAGAUGGACAGAGUUUCACUCCGCAGCCAAAGCUGACCGACUGAUUUACUUCCUUUUUGGGGAGAUUUAGGGAAGCAGCUUAGUGGGGUGGGGGGGUGUGUGUGUUUUUAUCAAGAACUCUUGAGGAAGAGCCCCACUUCUUUGGUGUAGAAGAUGCCCUCAGAGUGCACGCCAAGGUGACAAGACCAGGACUGGGCUCAAAGGUUAAUGUACUGGCUGUGAUUGAUUGCAGCCGUGCAUUUGAAUGUUGCAGCAUUGUGCACUGCUGGCUGUCAUUAUGAAGGAUGUGUGCUUUUUCUUUCUUCAUCCUUGCGGAUGACGGCUUCGUAGUCCACUUUUCAGAAGCAAACUGAUAACUCUUGCUCAGGCAAAGGAAUAACGAGUCCGUUUCCUUGACUUUCCAAGCCAACCAGCCAGCCAUAGCUGCAUAAUGCAGGCCUAAGUCCACAUCCCAAUGCCUAUGGUGUUCAAUUCCCUCUUUAUGAGCAGUAACUGUGCUCCGCCUGUGCAUACAUGUGCAGCUGUGGUGUUGCUGUUGUGUCGUUGUUCUCGUCCUAUCCGUCCUCGCUGCUAUGGCCUGUCUAAAUGGCCCCAGGUUACUGGACUGGGCAAACUCUCCUCCACACCUGCAAUUCAACAAAUAUGUCCUCACUGGCUACAGACCCAUAUCAUCGGUUCAGGACUGCAUCCGAAGCCUGUUUUAUCUCCACAAUGAACUGGGCAACAUCUACACACAUGGAAUCCCUCUGCUCUGUUUUCUGGUGCUGCUCCCUCUAAACAUCCCCUGGUCUCAGAUCAGUGUGACAUGGCUGGGUGUGGUGCACUUCUUGGCCUGCUUAUCUCCACAGCUGGGAUCUGUGGUGUAUCACCUGUUUAUGAACCACGAGGGCGGCGAGCCUGUCUACAAAACCCUGCUCACUUUAGACAUGUGCGGCAUCUGUAUGAUCAACACCCUGGGCGCUCUGCCCAUUGUGUACAGCACACUGCUGUGUUACCCGUUCACUCGCACCGUGGCCCUUCUGAUGUACAUCCUGCUGUCUGGUUACGCCAUCUACUGCGCCAUAACGGCCCGGAGCCGUGUGCGGCGCCUGCGCUCCUUCGCCUGGCAGGCGCUCUUCCGCUUCUCUUUUUUCUUGCUGCGCUGGGUAGGUGUGGGCGGAGGAAGUCCCACAUCCCUGCGCCACUUCCUCACCAUGGACGCCCUGGCGGUGGUGGGCGGAGUCAUCAACAUCACCCGCAUCCCAGAGAGGUUCCGACCGGGCCUCUUCGACUACUGGUGCAACAGCCACCAGAUCAUGCACGUGCUGGUAGUGGGCUCUAUCCUCUACCUGCAUUGGGGUGUGCUGGACGACCUGCUGUGGAUCAACACCUAUCACUGUCCCACAGACUGACCCGCCUGGACCGCUGGACUGGGAGCGGGUAACAGGGUGCCAGGACCUCUUGUAUGGGGAUCGUUGGGUAUUUUAGGGAUGGGGGAUUGGGGGGGUUAUUUAUUUGUUAAAGGUGAGCGUGGAAGAGUUUGACAUGCGUUGUGCCGCCUUUCACAUACGUGCUUGUUCGUGUCCUCAAAUGCAAGAAUGUACAUAUCCGCAUUUACCCAACAGUGUCUGUGCAUGGAAGUUUAGACCCGAGUUGACUCAUACAAAGACUAAAAUUCAUUCGACACCUACAGUACGUAGGUACGCACAAGCACACACACACACACACACACACACACACACACACACACAUACAUACAUACACUGACACACUGAAAAAGUAAUGCAUUGAAUUAACUUGGUUCUAAUGUACAUUACUGUGCAAAAAUCUGAGACCACCUUCAUGUAUUUAAAAUUAUUUAAAUAAAUGAGUCUGAAAACAGACUUAGCAGCAAAUCACACAGACGCCUCAACAAAUCCAUAUAAUAUAAUAGAAUUUCAAAUGUUAAAGUAUUUUCUGUCCCCAUUUUUGCCUUUAUUACAGCUUCCAAGCCUUCAGGGAUACUUUUCCACACCCCCAGAGUUCAGUCUUAGAAGCUGGU